AAGCAAAUAUGGCGCAAAAAGUUCUUCUGUUGGUGUUUCCGAUCUCCCUCAAACACUUGUUCUCGAAACAUCUCAAACUCCAAAACUUCCCUCCGUCCGAACUACCUACUGUGAUACCUACCCACCCACUCCACAGUUCAAAGACUUCCCACAACACCGAUAAAAGGGAGCAGCACUCCCCUCGUACCGCACGCACACAACUCAGAGAGGAGUAUAAAGAAAAAUCCGGCAAACACCACACUUCAACUCCUGCCAACACCCAUCCCCAACUUCUACAAAACCUACACUUGUACCCACCUCUUCAGCUCUAUCCACACCACCACCACACCCACCACCACAAUGCUCGAAACAGUCAUAACACCCACCCCACGCCCCCUCUCCCCUCCCUCGCGCCCCCGCCGCCUAACCCCCCGCACCAACACGGACGACCACAGCAUGACCUCCAACCCCUCCACCCACACACCCAGCGACACAUACCCACGCUUCAAAACCCUCUCCUUCACCCUCCCGCGCAACCGGUCCAGCUCCGCCGUCUCCUCUUCCUCUUCCUCCUCCUCCUCGACGCGGAGUACGCGCGCGCUAUCGCCCGAGGCCGUGCUUGAGGACGACGAUAGAGAUGGCGGAGAGGGGUUUGAGAUAAGAAGGCGGAUGAGCGCGAAGAGUAUUAGUGCUACUGCUACUACUCCUGCUGCUACUACUCCUGCUGCUACUACUCCUGCUGCUACUACUCCUGCUGCUGGUGCCGUUGGUGGUGGUGCUGGUAUCACGAACGCACGUGGGAGGGAAAGGGAACGGGAAUGGGAAACAGGGUUCGGAGUACGAGUAUGAGGAGCCCGGCUUUCUUCCUGACAGUGCCAGUGCGAAGGAUGGAAAUGAGGCGGAGAAGUGGAAUAGCGGCUAUAGGUAUCUGAGUUGAUGUGAAGGAGGGGAUGAUAUGAUGAUAUGAUGGGCAUGAGGGGAUAUCACUUUUCUUUUUUGGCAUCCCUCUGGCAUAUGGUUGUGUAGAGAUGAUUAUAUACCCUGAAUGACAGUCAUUUGUUCCUAUC